GUCCGGUUCGACGAGAUGCCUGCCCCCUCCCCUCCACCACCUCAACGGUAUAUAACCCACCGAUCUCACGUCGCCACCCGUUGUCCUCUGUACAGACUGCUCUCUAAUGUCCGCCAGACCUUCGUGUCUCCUUCCUUCCGCAUAAUCUGUGUGUCCAUGAAGGGUUUACUGUUUCAUCUGCGAACUGACUUUCUCCCAACCGUCAGAGUCGGUAAGAACCUGGUGACUAACCUCGGCAGCCGAAGAGGUAACGCAGGAAACUUCAAAGAGUAUACAGUACUCACUCUCAUCCAUACUGUACCGUAAAGAGCUUUUAAGAAAUACUUAGCCUUUGGAAGGUCCCAGAAGCUAUAUUUCUUGAUUUUUGGACGCAGUCUGUGUACCGUACUCUAUAUUUGCUGCAUUUCUUGCUUACAUAAGAAGUUAACAUGGUGCAAGGUGAUCGUGGUGUAAAAGGAGUGGUGGAGAGCAAGUAUCAGACACUAUCAAGCUUGGCAGCCUGGCAGAAACCUGUUGCAGAGGAUAAAUACAAGAGCAAGACGGGAGAGAAGAAUUCUAGUAAACAAGACAACAAAUAUGGCUCCUGGGGCCCUCUAUUUAAAAAUAAGCAAAAUUUUGUCAACAUGCACUGUUGCUAAAUGCUUUUUAUUUAUCUGUCUUUAACAUUAUAUCUUACUAACAGUUUUGUUGAUGUAUUAAUUAGUCAAAUAUAUUAACAAAUAAUAAUUAAAUUAUUUAAUUACAAGUUUGUUUUGUACUCAGAUUAUCCAGUAACUUUUUGGUGGAGGUAUGUAAUCAUGGGUUUUAUAAAUCAGAAAAGUGUAUUUUCUGAUAUUAAUAAAAAUAGCUGAACUGUAUUAUGUGUGUUCCCUGAAUAUAUGAUAUUUAGUAACAUGA